AUUCCCGAAAAUCCCACCGCUACUUAAACGCACCCAAACCCCAAGCGAAUCCCAUCUACCAAAACCGUCUUGUUUCCGAGCCCAAAUCACCUGCCGCGCCCUCCACUCCCACACGAAGCAGAUGGCCCGCACGAAGCAGACGGCGCGCAAGUCCACCGGCGGCAAGGCGCCGCGGAAGCAGCUGGCGACCAAGGCGGCGCGCAAGUCGGCGCCGGCGACCGGCGGCGUGAAGAAGCCGCACCGCUUCCGCCCGGGCACCGUCGCGCUCCGCGAGAUCCGCAAGUACCAGAAGAGCACGGAGCUGCUCAUCCGCAAGCUCCCCUUCCAGCGCCUGGUCCGCGAGAUCGCGCAGGACUUCAAGACCGACCUCCGCUUCCAGUCCUCCGCCGUCGCCGCGCUGCAGGAGGCCGCCGAGGCCUACCUGGUGGGGCUCUUCGAGGACACCAACCUCUGCGCCAUCCACGCCAAGCGGGUCACCAUCAUGCCCAAGGACAUCCAGCUCGCCCGCCGCAUCCGCGGGGAGCGCGCCUAGCUGUUUCAUUGUAUCUAUCUGCUACACUACAUACUAGGUGUUUAUGCUCUGUUCUAGGAGUGCGCUGUUCUUGAGUUUUUAGUUUCGUCCUGUCUCCUGUUGUGGUGACGCUAUCAGUGAACUACUAUAUGUGGCUGCUUGUUUGAGAGAAAUGCAGUGAUCUAUGCUUUUCACGACGUGAAUACUGAUGGUCUGCGUGCCGUGCUUUCAGAAUGCUUGAUUGGAAUGGGCCUUGUUAAGUUAUUAUGGCUGAUGGUUGCUUCUUGCUUGUGAUGGUGGUUUUGUAAGAUUCAGUUCCUAGUAAAUUGUUGAUAAGAA